CGCUCUGUAGCGGGGCCGGCGCGCAAGGUCGGAGGUCGUGGGGCGGGGCCGGCGUCAUUGCCGCCUUCUCUGUCUCAGCAGUUUUGAGCGUUCGGUUCCUCGUGUCCCACGACCCGCGUCCCGCGCGCGUGUGGAGCCGGCUGCGAGUCUGCGGGUACCGUCCGGCCGCCGAGGAUGGCCUUGAGCGAGGAGCCGGCCGUGGGCGCCGUGGAGGAUCCGGUGGAGGACCGGGCGGAGGACGCGGCGCUGGCCUGCGGCGCCUUUCUCGAGUCGUUCGGCGAGAGCGCGGAGACGAAGGAGCUGCUCGGCCGCCUACCGGCGGUGCUCGGAGACCGCGCGGCCCGGGAGGGCGCCCUGGAGCGGUUCCGGGUAAUAAUGGACAAAUAUCAGGAGCAGCCUCACCUGUUGGACCCACACCUAGAAUGGAUGAUGAACUUGUUGUUGGAAUUUGUGCAAGAUAAGAAAUCUCCGGCUGACCUCGUACAUCUGGCUUUUAAAUUUCUUUACAUCAUCACCAAGGUUCGAGGAUAUAAAACAUUUCUUCGUUUAUUUCCACAUGAAGUAGCUGAUGUGCACCCUGUUUUAGAUAUGUUUACAGAUCAGAAUCCUAAAGACCAUGAAACCUGGGAGACCCGCUACAUGCUCCUCCUGUGGCUCUCCGUGACCUGCCUGAUCCCGUUUGAUUUUUCACGCCUUGACGGCGACCUCCACAAUCAGCCUGGGCAAGAGCGAGUGUCCACCAUGGACCGUAUCCUGCAGAUAGCAGAGUCCUACCUGGUCGUCAGCGACAAGGCCCAAGACGCAGCUGCUGUCCUCGUGUCCAAGUUUGUCACGCGGCCCGACGUUAAGCAGAAGAAGAUGGCGAGUUUCCUGGACUGGAGCCUAUGCACUUUGGCCUGCUCCUCCUUCCAGACCAUCGAGGGGGUCAUCGCCAUGGACGGGAUGCUUCAGGCCCUGGCACAAAUAUUUAAGCAUGGAAAACGUGAAGACUGUUUACCCUACGCUGCCACCGUUCUCCAGUGCCUGGACGACUGCAGGCUCCCCGACAGCAACCAGACCCUGCUCCGGAAGCUUGGGGUGAAGCUCGUGCAGCGGCUGGGCCUGACCUUCCUGAAGCCCCAGGUGGCCAAGUGGAGGUACCAGCGUGGCUGCCGCUCCUUGGUUGCUAGCCUGCAGCUCAGUGUCCAGAGUCCUAGAGAUCCAGGGAUACAGACCGAGACCCCUGACAGUGAUGGAGAGGACGACGUCCCCGAGGAGGUGGAGAGCGUGAUAGAGCAGCUGCUGGUUGGGCUGAAGGACAAGGACACGAUCGUGCGGUGGUCUGCGGCCAAAGGAAUCGGUAGGUUGGCUGGAAGACUUCCCAAAGAGCUGGCGGAUGAUGUGGCCGGGUCUGUGCUGGACUGUUUCAGUUUCCAGGAGACGGACAACGCCUGGCAUGGCGGGUGUCUGGCGCUGGCGGAACUGGGCAGACGAGGCCUGUUGCUCCCUUCCCGACUCCCGGACGUUGUCACCGUGAUCCUGAAGGCGCUGACAUACGAGGAGAAGCGGGGCGCCUGCAGCGUGGGCUCCAACGUCAGGGACGCCGCCUGCUAUGUGUGCUGGGCCUUCGCACGGGCCUACGAGCCUCAGGAACUGAAGCCAUUCGUGGCCGUAAUCUCAAGCGCACUGGUGAUCGCUGCCGUGUUUGACCGAGAUGUAAACUGCAGGAGAGCAGCCUCUGCUGCUUUCCAGGAGAACGUGGGAAGACAGGGCACUUUCCCUCAUGGGAUUGAUAUUUUGACCAUAGCUGACUACUUUACUGUUGGUAACAGAUCUAACUGUUUCCUGGUUAUAAGCAUGUUUAUUGCCGGCUUUCCUGAAUACACACAACCAAUGAUAGACCACCUGGUUACCAUGAAGAUAAACCAUUGGGAUGGGACCAUCAGGGAGCUGUCGGCCAAGGCACUGCGGAACCUGGCUCAGCGAGCACCCGAGCACAGCGCCCGUCACGUUUUCCCGCGUCUGCUGUCGAUGACACAGAGUCCAGACCUACACACUCGGCACGGGGCUGUGCUCUCCUGCGCAGAGGUCACCCACAGCCUGUACACACUGGCCGUGCAACAGGGCAGGUAG